AUUUUACGUAUUUGCGCAAUCAAAUACACGUGACAGGCAUCGUAUUUCCGGCGACUAAGACCGUUUAACUGUUCAAGGAUAAAACUUUAAUUUAAAAAGAAUGCCAUUGUUUGGAAAGGAAAAGAAAAUCCCCAGUACGGCAGCGAAAAAAGUUCAGGGAGCACCGGUCUGUAAACCUGAUCCAUGGAGAGAAUUUGAAGAGAAUGGUAGCUGGACAAACGAUUAUAAGGAAAGCCUUCUGCAAGAGAUAAAAAACUGGAAGACAAAGGAAGACAGUGUGCAAAAUAUUCGUAUUUUACUCCUUGGGCCGAUCAAAGCAGGAAAAUCUGCCUUUCUGAAUACUGUAACUUCCAUUGAUAAAGAGAGAAACGCAGAGGUUGCUCCUGCUGGCGGAGCACAAAGGAGUUUCACUAAAACGCUGCAAGUAUUUAGACCGGACGGCAAAUUAGGAAAUUUCCGGCUGCUAGAUACAAUGGGUGUUGAAGAAGGUGACCUGUGUGGCUUGAACGAAGAUGAUAUAUUAUACAUUGUAAAUGGAAAUAUUGAUCAAAAUUAUGAGUUCAAUCCAGUAAGCCCAAUAAAAGCAGAGAGCCAUUUUUUUAAGAAAGAACCAAGGAAAAAGGACAAAGUUCAGUGUGUAGUGUUUAUGAUGGACGCUAAUGCAGUUGGGCAGAAUAACAUCACAGACGCUGCUAGAAGGAAAAUCUAUUCUUUGCAGUCUAAACUGGAGUCUAAAAGAAUUCCGAGACUGCUUUUACUAACAAAGAUUGACGUUCUAUGUGAGAAAGUUGAGAAAGACAUAACGGAAGUAUACACAAGUGCAAAAGUGCAGAAUGCAGUAGAAAUGGCCGCAGAACUAUUCCAUCUUCCGGUCCGCAACAUCUUCCCGGUGAAAAAUUACACAAGUGAAGUGGGUUUAAAGCCUACGCAGGAUAUAUUACCGCUUUUGGCAUUAAGGGAGAUGAUUCGUUUUGGAACAGAUUAUCUGAACGAAAUGUCCGUGAACACAAGUGACAGUGAAGACUCUGCAAUGGAAAGUUAAGACUCUUAUGAAAACUGAUUUUCUUGAACUCUACCAAUGACCUUAUAGAAUGACGUGUCUCGUAUUACUAAAGAUAAUAAAUACGACAUAAAAGUACAAGACUCUGGGAGAAAUCGAUAGGUUUUCCUCAAAAAGUUUGUUGUACUAAAUAUUCGUGUACAUUGUAUUUACUUCAUAUAACUAUUGCAUUAGCGUUUCUUUCGCCCAUCUACUGGAUUUGUUUUGUUUUCACAUUUACCAAUUGACACUGAAUAUUUUUUAUAUUUUCAUAUUUACCAUAUGACAUAUGUCCUUGAAAGUUUAUGUUUUAUGUUAAUUAUUUUCACAUUUACUAAACAAGAUAUCUAUCAAGGUUGUAGAAAUGUUUCUUAUUUUCAAAAUUUAUAUGUGACAUCCUUUAAUUAAUGAUUGUCGAUGUUUUUAUAUUUCAAAUUUACCCUAUGAGAUAUCAUUAAUAGUUGUGGAUAUAUUCUUUAAUAUGACAAUCAUGCCACGAUACAUUAUAAGUAAUACAACCUUUUGUAGGCUAACAACAUUUCUCAUUUACAUUAAGAUACAAGUGAAGUAAUUCAGCUUCUGAAACGAUAAACGAAAACACAUGUUUCGGCCCUUAUAUAGUACAAAAUGCAAGGUUUGAUGGGGAUACUCUUAUUAACUGAUUAACAUGUGUUCCAUUUUAGGCCACUUGUAGCUUUAUUCUCCUAAUUGACCAUUUUAUUGGCAGUACGAGACAGAACAAUUUUUCUUUUACUAACUAAAACUGGAAACAAAAUAAAAUACAAAGAAAGGCACUGUGCGUUUAUGCUUAAAGUGCUUGAUAGCUUUGUUUACAGAUUAUCUAUUUUUUUUUACUUAUUAUUUUUACCAAUAUUUUAUAUGAACUCUGAUUUGAGAACUUUUAUGUCAAAAUGCUUAAGACAAAUCUUUUGUUAUAUUGCUGAUAUGUUUAUUGAUUAGAGGAAAACAAGAUAAAAUACGUUAAAGACCCUAACAUGUGUCUUAUUUACAUUGUUUUAAAUUUAUUGUGACUAUACUUAUUUUCAUAUUUUCUAAUUUGCCUCCCAUCUUUGUUGUUUCUUUGUAAAAGAAAGAAAUUCUAAAGCAAAAUAAAGUGGUAUAGUGUCAAGAUAAGAAAUAUUUCCAGACAAAAGAUGGUCAUUUGUCAUUGAAAUUUUUAUAAAAAUAAUGUCAUGUCAUUUCCAUUGUUUUUCUGUUUUAUUACUCAGAUGUUUCUUUCAUUUUUAAUGACUAUUUUGUUACUUGUAUGUCUGAUCCUCAUGAUUAUCGCUAAUUUAUUAUAUAACCUAAUAAAACCAUGAACAAUGAAUUGGAAUUAUCUAACAGAAUACAUGUAGAUAUCAACUUCUCUUUAUUCACAUAGAUAUUGUAUGAUCAUAGCUGGAAGGUGCCAAAACUCAUUAAAACUGUUUAAUCAA